AUGGCGUACUCUGAAAAGUAUACUCCCCGUCCUCGGACCGACAUCUUCACAAGCGAUACCGACAUCAACCGCCGAAAGCUUGGCCGCGUCGUGCCCAUGAAGGUCCUGAUACUGGGCUUGGGACGCACCGGCACUGCCUCUAUGCGAGCGGCUAUGAAACAACUUGGCUACGUCGACACAUACCACAUGAUGAACUGCUCCAUCGAGAACCCUCCCGACGCACUCAUGUGGAUGGACGCCCUCUGCGCAAAAUACGACGGCAAGGGCAAGCCCUUCACCCGCGAAGACUGGGACCAGCUCCUUGGCACCUGUCAAGCCGUGUGCGACUGGCCCGCCGUUGCCUUUGCCGAAGAACUCAUCAAGGCCUACCCCGAGGCCAAGGUCGUCCUCACAAACCGCGACGUCGACUCGUGGCAUGCGUCCACCAUGAAGACGGUGUACUGGCGAGCAACGGACCCCGAGCUGCGCUGGCUGUCCAACUUUGACUGGGCGGCCAGCAUGUACUAUCCCAUGCUCAAGAAGUUCUUCGACACCUUCUUCGAGGGCGACUUCCCGAACCGCGGAAAGGACGUCUACCGCAAGCACUACGAGCAUGUCCGGAGCCUGGUGCCCAAGGAACGCCUGCUCGAGUACAAGGUCACCGAUGGCUGGGGGCCUCUUUGCGAGUUCCUCGGCGACCCCAUCCCCAAGGAGUGUUCGUUCCCGAAUGUCAAUGAUAACUCGGACUUUGUGUCGCGAUCUCGGCGGCGAAACCGAAACCAGAUGAAGAAUGUCGCCCUUCGAUACUUUGUCAACUUCAUCUUUUUCGUCGCUUUCCUCGUUUCGAUGUACAGAUUGGCGAUGUUCUUGGGCUUUUUGUAA